AUGGCCUCCGUCACCCGCUCCAACCGGCGAGCUGAGGGCCCUCACCACGCCCAUGCCCAUGGCCAUCCCCAUCAUCAUCCGCACCCGCACACGCAUCACCUCGCCAGCCCCCUCACGCAUCCGGCCAACCCGGCUGCCAGUCUGUUUGCCUCGAGCGACGGCGCAGGUCGAGGCGGUCGUCAGAAGCGAGCCCUCGACCCUGCCGACCGUGAAAUCGAUGCCUUGAGGCCCAAGAAGACGAGGAUCGCCGUGGAAAUCCUCUCCAGACACCAGCCGCCGCCCGUCCAAGGGGUGCGGGCCUCGACUGUCGUCCAGCCUCCGUUUCCGCCGAUACCGCUUGCACCACCGCCAGCCGUGACAAACACCACCAUCCAAAAUCCCAUCCCGACAACCACGGCAGUCGCGCCGCCGGUCCUGAUAAAUCCUGCGGUCAAUUCCAGCGCAGUGUUGGCUGCGCCCGUGACUGCUGCCCCCAAGACGAAACCUCCCGUUCCCGUGGAGCAGGAGCCAAAUCUCACAAAACACCAAGCCAAGGUCAUCAAUGGCAUCCGAGCGGAGCUUGAUCGGCUGCAGCCACAACCUUCGUCCACCCGCGAACAGGGGCGCAAACUACGCUCUCAGGAGGCUACUAGAUUCAAGAGUGACUUGUCUGCAUACUUUCCAGACUACGACGAAGUGAUUGGAAAUGAUCCCAAGGAGCAACACUUUUUGAACCUUGAAACCCCAAUUGUUGUGGUUGACUCGAAUCCGCGACGCGUCAUCACGGAAGCCCAGCGUGGAGGCGCACGGGUGCAGCAGCAAAGCCGCAUCUUUGAAUUCCCAGUCCGCGGAUAUGGCGAUUCUUUAUAUACCGACGUUUUUGAUUCGCAAAGAAUCGAUUUCAAUUUCCUGGAGACCCAACAAACUAAUAAAAGCCUUGACGACCCAUUGCCGGAUAGUCUCUUUGAGCCUUCGCAUAAGAGAGCAGAACGACUAGAGCGGUCCAUACGUAACUCUGAAAAGGGACGUGCCCAGCAUGAGAAGGACCAAAUAAUCCGGCUUUUGGAGGGUCUCCAGGGCCACGAUUGGCUGAGAGUAAUGGGAGUUAGUGGUGUAACAGAGACGAGGAAGAAGGCCUUUGAGCCCGCGCGUGCUCACUUUGUCAAGGGCUGUCAAGGCAUAUUGGAGAAAUUCCGAACAUGGAAUUUGGAGGAGAAGCGGCGGAAGCUAGAGAAGGAGAAGGUGUUGCAGGCCGAGCAAGAAGCUGCGUUGGCUCAACAAGAAGGGGACGAGCAGGGAGAACCCCUCAAGGCAGAUGAAAUUGAGGAUUCAGCUGCAGAAGACGACGUCGACGAGAGUGAGGACAUCCGAGGAGACACCAGAAUGGACCAUGACGCAGACCAAGUCUUGGAAGACACUGAAGAAGAGGUUGUGACAUCACAGAGCGAUACUAGCGAUGCGUCACCUGCCAAGCAGCUUCGUCAAGAGGCCCUGGCAAGAUCACAGUUAGCGGCAGCAAAUGCCAGAAAGCUGAAAGCGCCGCCACGGUCCACGCCCCCAAAACCGGCGGAAGCGCAGAAGGAAUUCACUUCCUUUUUUGGCAAGAAAUAUGAGCGAGACAACGCCCUUAAUCGGUCACGUCGCAUCGGCCGCAAGGUGUUAGCCUGGGGCCAUCCCAUUCCAGACCUGGAAGAAGCCGAUUUUGUCUUACCGGAAGAGUAUCGGGACGAGGAACUGCUCAAGUCUAGGGCACGCAGGAAACGGAGAGACAAGCGUAGUAGCAGGCCCUAA